AUGAAAGAGCCAAAUAAAAAACAUCAGGAGGAUAAGAAUAUAGACGGUUUAUUUGGGGAGUGUGCAUCAACAGAACGUGUUGCUUUGAUUGUUUCAAAUCCGGCUAAUUAUAUUUUGAAGAAAGUGCUAAGCUCUCAGUUAGAACAGCUUAGUCAAGAUGGUUACACCUUGGAAGAUGCUCGAGUGCAAUGUGUUAUUACAUAUUUCAAAAUAGUUUUAAUGUUGCAACUCAAAUAUAAUCUCGACUUCUGUAAUGUUGUCAAUCCGGAAAAUAUUUGGCGAAUGUUACAGUCAAUAAAAAUGACACUUGUUAAUGAUGUCACAGAUAUCUCGAGUGUCGAGUCAGAUAACGAAUUGAUAAAUAAUUUUAUAAAACAACAACAACAGCAACAACAGAUAGAUUCCACAAAUGAUGUGAUGGCGGAUGAUAGAGAUAAUAACGAAAAUGAUUUCAACUCGAUUCCCGAAAGAAAUAUGUUCGAUAAGAGUCAUAUUUUCAAAUCAGCAAAUUGGGAUAGUGACGAAAAACCAAUUGAUACUGAUAAAGAUAUGCUGGCAGUAGAAAAUUUCAUGCCUUUGGCAGCUCAAAGUUCUGGUGAGGAAGAAGAAGAAGAAUCGUUGAAUUUUGUUGGCUAUCAUGCACCUGUUUUAAAGAAAGAUAUCGAGCACCUUGGUAAUCAAAAUACAGACUUGGAAAAGAUAGAGCACAAAAUAGUAAAAGGAAUGCCAUCAUAUCAGAAAGUAAACGGUAAUCGAGUGUAUCUGAAAGUUACCAAAGAUCUGAAUGAUAAUAAGCUGCAUCAUCUAAUCAAUUAUUUGGAUUUCUCAAUUGCAAAACCCAACCAACUUAUUUUCGACGAUUUUCUACUGGAUGGUGAUCAGUUAUCAUUUCGAGCUGGUCGAUCAAGUUUGACAUUUCCGCAAAACGAGAAACGCCUGGAUUCAGUGAGUGGCAUCGCAGAGGAUGUUUAUAAACGACGAAAAGAUAUUCAAACAAUUUCUGGAGUACAUGUUGAUGAAACCGGUAUCGGAAGCGGAGAAGAAACGGUACCGGUUGAAAGUGAAACUCGCGAUCGUUUCUUUAUUCCGAUACUUGCUGUAAGUACGUUGACAUUGGUAGCACUGAUAGCAGUAAUGACGAUUCAUCAGAUCAGAGAACAUCGGAAGAAAAUACGCAAAUCUAUUAUCCCGGAACUUGACUCUCAAAAGUAUGGUGAUAAGGCAUUGCUUGCCUAUCAGGAUUUAUGCCGGUAUCAGAUGAAUUCACAUGAACCGGCAGAUAUCGCUGACGCUCGUGCUAAUAAUCAUUCUAGUGCAACAUCUUGGGUCGAUGAACCGAUUGGUCAAUCUAGUCUCGAUAUCUCAACCGGUCAUGUCAUUCUGUCAUUCCUUCGUGACUAUUUGAAUGACACAUCAAAAAUUGAAGAACAAUGGAAAACACUAAACGAAUAUUCAAAUCCGAACGGAAUAUCAUCAAUUGCCAGAGAAGAAGAAAAUAUCAAAAAAAAUCGAAAUCUAUCUUGUCUUCCAUAUGACGAUACAUUGGUCAGUGUUCGUCAGUUAGUGAAUGAUUCAACAUAUAUCAAUGCAUCAGCAAUCCAUGACUGCGAUCCGAAACAAGCCAAUUAUAUCGCUACACAAUCACCACUUCCAGAAACCAUUACAGAUUUCUGGCAAAUGAUUUGGGAACAAGUUACUGUGCUAAUUGUGAACUUAACAAACAACGAUGACGAACAAGAAGAGCGAUGCCUCAAGUAUUGGCCUGAAAGUGGUUCACAGAUACACGGAUCUUUCGAAAUUCAUUUGGUGUCGGAGCACAUUUGGAGCAAAGACUAUUUAGUACGAUCGUUUUAUUUAAAAAAUUUGAGAACGAACGAAACUCGAACUGUAACUCAGUUUCAUUUCUUAACAUGGCCCAAAGGCGGUGUACCACCCAAUACCAAAGCUCUACUCGAUUUUCGCAGAAAAAUCAAUAAAUCGUAUCGUGGACGAGCAGCUCCAAUAGUUGUACAUUGUACGGAUGGUACCGGACGGACUGGUACAUUCUGUCUGCUUGACAUGAUAUUGAAUCGAGUUUCCAAAGGUAUAUUUCUAUCAUAA